AUGGCAUCAUCAAUCGCCAUGUUGGCAGCAAUGCUCUACGCCUCCACAGCACUCUCCCACCCUCAACCCAUCAUCGAAGCCAGCCUUUCUCCAGCCAACCUCGCCAUGACUUGGUAUCAAGCACCUCUGGCUUUCAGCGAAUCAGUCUCGACUGAGACAACCUGCGGCUGGGCCGUAUCCACAGGACAGCUCAACACCACUCAGUGUUACGUCUUGCGCACGUAUGCUCUCGGACUACACCAAAACGAGCAGCACUCGUGUGCUUUAAAAGUGUGGGAUGGCGUCUCUGACUGUUCUGGCAAUGGAUCUUGGACUAUGCAUGCUAUACCUGGUGGUAGAGGUACCAAUUGUGUCGAGACUGGUGUUUUGGAUGGCGGCAAUUUUCAGCAUAAGAGCUGUGUUCUGACAUGCUCUUAG